GUGUGUGUGUGUGUGAGAGAGAGGAAGCCAGUGGAAAAGGAACUUCAUGCUCUAAGGUCCAUUGUUACAUUGUGAAGAGGAAGAGUUGUGAUUACUCAUUGGAUUAUUUUUUAUUCAAAAAACAAAAACAUUUUUAAACCUUUAUGUAUCCAGGAAAACCCUAUUGAGGAUAGAUGAGAGAGACCUGAGUGGGAGUGCCGAUCUGCUCAAGUCCAGUCUAAUUACAUGGAGCCCAGAAGAUCUUGACUGGUAACCAGGAGCCUUCUUUCUGAAACUGUCCCAGUGAUAUUCAUUGACCAUGAGCGGCGGUGUGAACAUUAAGAACAUGUCCCAGGCCCAACCAGGCUCAGGUCUGGUUUCUGGUAUCCCCCUACCCCGGAGCAUGAUCCCCCUCUCCAGACUGGACCCCAAACACCAAGGGGGCGGCGGGCACCAUAACUCCACAGCACAGUUUCAGCUCAGCGCCAAAAGGCAUCCCUCCUCCUCCUCCUCCACCUUUUCAAAUGAGCUGCAAAGAGGUGCAGCUUUGAAGAGCCACCUGCUGCAGCAGAAGGGUGGUAUCUCUUCCCCUUGUCCCCCCUCCAGAGCCUCCUAUGCCCCAGAGAGAGGCACAGGCAGCCGGUCAGCCUACAGCAGCCCCCAGGUCCCCAAGAGGCAAGCUCCACCACCACGCUCCAAGGACACCCUUGACCUCCGCAGCAGCAGCGCGCUAUCCCAGAAGGGUUUGCGAGAACUUCACGUCAGGAGAAACGCCAACAGGAACUGGACCUCAGGCGAGGUUUGCCCCAGAAGUCUGGAUGACAAUGGAGACGCACAGGAUGCCUUGUGCAAGCUCUCUGGUGGUAAUGUCCACUCAGGCCAAAGCCGGGGUAGAUUCUCCCACACUAAAGCAGGGAACGGGAACCUGAUCACCUCUGUGUUGACGACCACCCAUACAUGCCAGGAGCGUAGGGAACCGGGAAAGCUCUCCAGCCAAGGCAUGGGCAUGUCUGAGAGAGAUAUGUCCACCAACAAACCCAGAGAGUCCCAUCAGAGCCAGGGUGGUGGUGAUGGCAGUCAGACAGUCAGUGUGCCACGCCGAGGGAUUGAGCCAGCCAAAGUCAACAUGGCCACUGUGGCACCUUUCACGUUCAGGUUGCAGGCCCAGGAUGGCGAUACCUCUUCUCUGGAGGACCUGAGUGACUGCUCCUCUGACUCCAUGGAGGUGUGCUGUGAUGACCUGGGAGGCAUGCUCAGAAGUAGUGUGAAAGGAAGCAGAGAAGGAGAUUUAAAGAUGGAACGGGCGGAAAGUACCAAAACGUACGGCCAAGCAGAGGGCAAAACUGUUGGCGUGGCAGCCAAGAGGGUCAAGUCGGGGAUGCCCCAGAGUGCCCAGCGAGGGGAACUGAGGGUGUACCGUGCAGGUAGCUCUGAAGGGCGGCUGCCUGUGUCCUCCAACCUUCGCAAGCAGAGGUCCCUGACCAACCUGGCCGUGCUCACCGAUGCAGAGAAGAAGAUGCACCUCUACGAGCCCAAGUGGUGUGAUGACAUGGCCAAGCCUAGAGCCGGGCAUCUCAAGACGGGCAAGCCCAAGCUGGCAGGAGGGGGUGGCAGUGGCGGAGGAGGUGGCGCGCCACUCUCACGCAACCUCUCCAAGUCAGAGCACUCUCUCUUCCAGGGAAAACCCAAACCCUUCAGCCCACUGGCGGCUCCUUCUGGCCUGGUCAGACCCGGUCAGAGCCGGAUCCCUAGGGGUCCCUAUGCAGAGGUGAAGCCCCUGAGUAAGGCCCCUGAGGAUGGAAAAUCUGAUGAUGAGAUCCUCUCCAGCAAGGCCAAGGCUGUCAACAAGAAGCAAGUGGCGGGAGCUUCUGGUGAGGCAGGGGCCAAGGGCCAAGGGGAUGGGAGCCAGUCCUUCCUCAAGGUGGAUCCAGAGCUGGUAGUGACUGUCCUUGGUGACCUGGAGCAACUUCUUUUCAGCCAGAUGCUGGACCCAGAGUCUCAGAGGAAACGCACGGUGCAGAACGUCCUUGACCUCAGACAGAACCUGGAAGAUACCAUGUCCAGUCUACGGGGAGCCCAGCUCAGCCAUGGCUGUCUGGAGAGCAGUAAUGUUUGCUAUGACAGUGACGAGACCAACGCCCGCAGCAUGUCCAGUCUGUCCAAUCGCUCGUCUCCUCUCUCCUGGCGCCACGGCCAGUCCAGCCCCCGGCUGCAGGCUGGAGACGCCCCCUCGUCCACGGGCAGCGGCGUGUACCAUGGGGGAAAGGCCGGGUCCCAGUAUACGGCCCACACCAUGCCUGCCCGAGUCUCCAGCCGUCUCAGCCACUCCUCCAGAAUAGAGCUCAUCGAAGGGCUGGAUGUGGACGAUGCUGACCUCAAGUCUGGUUACCUGAGCGACAGCGACCUGCUGGGAAAGAGCAUGCCAGAGGAUGACGAUGACAACCUAGCCAAUGGUUGGGAUGAGAGCAGCUCCAUCAGCAGUGGGCUCAGCGAUGGCUCUGUAGACAACCUCAGCUCUGAGGAGUUCAACGCCAGCUCCUCCCUCAACUCCCUGCCCACCACGCCCCUCGGCUCCAGACGCAACUCCUCUGUCAUGCUCCGCACUGAUGCUGAGAAGCGCUCCCUGGUGGAGAGUGGCCUGUCCUGGUACAGCGAGGAUGCCAAGGCUGCACGCAAGAUGGACGGGAGCAGCUACGAGACAGGGAGCCUCAAAACCGAGACCCCCAGCAAGUGGAGGAAGUCCUCCAGACCCAUGGAGGGUGCUAGUGAGGACGUGGGGGUCAAGGGGGAACUGAGGAAGCCCCAGAGCCUGGGUCAGCCAGGGAACUUUAAAAAGGGACGCAACCCCCCUGUGGGCGUGACCUCACCCAUCACGCACACCUCUCAAAGCGUCCUGAAAGUGGCAGCACCAAAGAGCGACCACAAGGCGGUGGACAAGACCCAGAUGUCUGUGAAGGCUGCUGGGCUGCAGCGCUCCCGUUCCGACGCCGGGAGAGAACACCUCCCGGAGCACCGGGAACACCGAAAGCCCCCGUCAGGCCUGGUCAAGCCUUCCGCCGGGGCCUCGUUCGGCUACAAGAAGUCCCCGACUACCGGCACUGCCACCGUCAUGACAGCAGGGGGCAGCACCAUCUCUAGUGGCUCUGCCACCGUGGGCAAGAUUCCCAAGUCCUCUGGCAUCCCUGUGAAGCCGAUGGGAGUAGGAGGAAAAGGGGGGCGUAAGAACAGCUUUGACGCCACAGGCAGUGAGGAGGGGGGCUUCCUGGGGCCCAACGCCCGUAACAGCCUCCAGUACCGAAGCCUGCCGCGCCCUGCCAAGUCCAGCACCCUCAGCCUGAUCGGCCGUCCUGGGUCGGCCCGGCCUGCCAGCAGCAGCAUCGACCCCGGCCUGAUGAGCCUGAAGCCUGUCUCCAUGGCCUGCCCUGGACCCAAGAGGAAAGAGCCCGGCAGUGGAAGCACUAAGGGGGCCAGUCGAGGAGGGAGCACAGGCCCUGUCAACCAGACAGACCGGGAGAAGGAGAAGGAGAGAGCUAAGGCCAAGGCUGUGGCGUCUGAUAUGGACUCCCUGUGUGGCUCCCUGAAGAUGGAAGACUGUCUGGGGGAUUCUACAGGGGAGUCCAGCACCAAACUGCAGGGACUGCGGAGGGCCAGUAGCAGCAAAUACCCCGAGCUCUCCUCGCCCACCAGUCAGAGGAUGCUGAGCUGCAAGUCUCUGGGUCGGCCGCCCAGCCUUGCCCACUUGGACAAGGUCAACUCCAAUAGCCUAGAUUCGUGCGUGACCAUCCAGGACCUGCCUCCUAAAGUGCCCCCUUACUCUAAGCUCCAGGACCUGGCCGGGUCUGGCUCACGCAGCCCGGCCCCCCGGGGCCUCACACCUAGCCCAGCACCCGUCCUGCACUUGGACUCCCCCAGCUGCUACCCCAGCCAGACCCUGUCCUUGGGGGGCUCUCCGCUGCUGUACCCCAAACUAUCUGGCUUGCACCGCAGCAUGGAGUCCCUUCCCCUCACCAUGAGUGUUCCUCCCAGUGGAGGAUAUAUCCGGGCAGAGUCCCGAGACAGGGACAGGGAUAGGGAGGAGGUGAGGGGCACAGGGACCUGGGUUGCUGGGAGCAGGACCUCCCUCAAUCUCCCAGACAGUUUGCAAACGGACAGGAACACCUUACCUAAGAAAGGAUUAGGGUAUGUCAAUCGCUACAGCUCUGGUCCGUCUGAGGGUCAGUCGGAGGGAAAGGAGAGGCGUCACUCCCACACGGCAGUGAGCCUUACAGAGAGCGAGAGCCCCCCUCAGCUGCCUUCUCCCACCCACAUGCCCCAUCUUUCCUCUGGCAAGGCCCACCUCACUAACGUGGUUUCCCCCAUCCCGAGCGGUGCCUGUGUCCCCAGGAUAACCCGCUCCAACAGUAUCCCCACCAAUGACGCGGCCUUCGACCUGUACGGCUCCUCUCCACUGGGCAGCAGCAUGUCGCUGGCCGACCGGCCCAAGAGCAUGAUGCGCUCUGGAUCCUUCCGUGACCGCGAGCCCGUGGAUGACUGUGAGACAGCUAGCACAUUCCAUGGCUCUGUCCUGUCCUUGGCAUCCAACGCUUCAUCAAACUAUUCCUCUACCGAGGAGAGGAUACAAGGAGAGCAAAUCCGCAAGCUGAGACGCGAGCUGGAGAACUCCCAGGAAAAAGUGGCCAACCUGACCACCCAGCUGUCUGCCAACGCUAAUUUGGUAGCAGCGUUCGAGCAGAGCCUGCAACUGAUGACGUCACGUCUGCAGAGCCUGUCGGUUAGCCAGGAGCAGAAGGACUCUGAGCUGACUGAUCUGAAGGAGACCAUAGAGAUUCUGAAGACGAAGAACACAGAGGCACAGGAUAUAAUCCAUGUGGCCCUCAGCAACCCUGACAUCCCUCCCAAAGAGCUGCAGAUGAAGAGGCAGAACUCUUCUGAGAGCAUCUCCAGCCUGAACAGCAUCACCAGCCACUCCAGCAUGGGCAGUCUGAAGGAGCAGGAGGCCAAGAAGAAGAAGAAGAGCUGGCUGAGGAGUUCCUUUAACAAGGCGUUCAGCAAGAAGGGGUCCAAGCUCUCGGCGUCAUACGCCGACAUCGAAGAGAUCGCCACGCCAGACUCCUCGGCACCCUCCUCUCCUAAAAUCCCCAUCCACCACGUGGACAGGGAUGGGGAUGGGGAGGGAGAUGGAAAUGGGGACAUUUCCAUGAUGAGGUCCUCUGUCUCUGCGUCUUCCUCUGGACUGUGCGAAGGAGGAGAGGAGCCCCCGGAGGAUGAGAAGGUGGUGACCACGCUGCGCUCGGCCCUCUGGGAGAAGGAGAGAAAGCUGACAGACAUCCGCUUGGAGGCCCUUAGCUCCGCCCACCAGCUGGAGCAGCUGCAGGAGGCCAUGAACAACAUGCAGAUGACAGUGGAGAACCUGAAGGCAGAGAAUGACCAGUUGAAGACAGGUGGUCCCUCCACCUCCACCUCCCAGUCGUCCGGCCUGGCAUCACUCGGCACUGCCUCGCCACGCCAAUCUGUUGCCAUGUCUCUGACCAAGACCUUCAGCAUGAGUCUGGGAGAGGGCAGCCCCUCUGAAGUGUUCCAGACAGACACCGUUAGCCUCCCCGCUCCCAGGGACGACACUCGCAUGAGAGUGGUGGUUCGCGUGGCCAAUCUGCGCGUCUUCAAAGAUGAGGUGAAACAGCAGGACUUCUUCAUCGGAACUGUGAGGGUUAACGGCAGAAUGGACUGGCCUAUGCUGGACUCGGCUGUUGGCCAGGCUUUUAAGGUGUACAUAGCCAAGGUGGACCCCACUUCCAGCCUGGGCCUUACUACAGACUCUGUCUACAGCUACAGUAUGAACCACAUCAGGAGGGUGCUGGGAGGGGAGCUGCCAGAGAGCCAGCCCUCACGCUGUGUCUCCAAGGGGCCCAGUGGCAUCACUGUCACACUCAAAGGUCUGAAGGAGAAGUGUGUGGACAGCCUGGUGUUUGAGACCCUCAUCCCCAAGCCCAUGACCCAACACUACAUCAGCCUGCUGCUGAAGCACCGCCGCCUCAUCAUGUCUGGGCCCAGCGGCACCGGCAAGACCUACCUCACGUCUCGCCUGGCAGAGUACCUGGUGGACCGCAGCGGUCGAGACCUCAACGACGGAAUUGUGGUCAACUUCAACAUGCACCGCCAGUCUUGCAAGGAUCUCCAGCUCUGCCUGUCCAAUCUGGCCAAUCAGAUUGACCGGGAAACCAGCACCGCAGAAAUUCCAUUGGUGGUUAUCCUGGAUGAUAUACAUGAUGCCACUUCCAUCAGCGAGCUUGUCAACGGGGCCCUCACCUGCAAAUACCACAAAUGUCCUUACAUCAUUGGAACUACCAACCAGCCGGUGAAGAUGACCCCGAACCAUGGCCUGCACCUCAGCUUCAGAAUGGUGACCUUCUCUAAUAAUGUGGAGCCAGCCAAUGGCUUCCUGGUGCGUUACCUGCACAGGAAGUUGAUGGAGGCGGAGGACGAGCGGAGCCUGGCCAACGAGGACCUCCUCAGGGUGCUGGACUGGGUGCCCAAGCUGUGGUACCACCUGCACACCUUCCUGGAGAAACACAGCACCUCUGACUUCCUCAUCGGCCCGUGUUUCUUCCUGUCCUGUCCUGUGACUGUGGAGGAGUUCCGCUCCUGGUUCAUUGACCUUUGGAACCUCUCCAUUAUCCCCUACCUGCAGGAAGGAGCCAAGGAUGGCAUUAAGGUGCAUGGUCAGAAGGCGGUAUGGGAGGACCCAGUGGAGUGGGUAAGGGGCACCCUUCCCUGGCCCUCAGCCCAACAGGACCAGGCCAAGCUGUUCCACCUGCCUCCCCCCAGCAUGACCUCUGGAGGCCCAGGCCAGCCCAGCGAGGCCUCAGCCAGGCCUCUUAAUAAGGAGACCCCACCCAGCUCCAUGGACACCCUGGACCCUCUGAUGGCUAUGUUGUUGAAGUUGCAAGAGGCAGCCAACUGCAUUGAAUCUCCGGACAGAGAAACAAUGGACCCCAGCCUCCCUACAUUUUGAACGUCAACUUCAACUGUAGACUCAAAACCUAGCCCUUCAAAUAGCCCCUAAAUAUGUACCCCUAUGUGAGCUCUAGUAUACACAGUUCAUAAUAUUCAGGAACAAAAACUCCAAUAUAGUUUUCUGCUCCUUUUGGACCUUAUCUUUAAUCUCCGCAAACAACAAUCACACUACAUAUGGUUGAAUGAGAAGCCAUUUUGUUUUGAUGUUUUGAAAUUGUAUUCAAUCAUGCCAAGUCAUACCAACAUAUAUUAUAGCGAGAGAAAACAUUUUUGAUUUCUUGAAAUAGAGGUUAUAUUCACAAUACACAGUAUAAAGUCUCUCUUUCUUUACUGAAGCCUUCUCUCUAUCACUGCUACCCUCGAUAGUAACAGGUGCUAAUUAUCGAGAUAAUAAGUAUCACUCUUACUUUAGAAAUGAAUCCUCAUCUCUCAUUGGUCUAAGCAGGUGAUUCUUCCAACAGCAAAUUCAAAUGACAAAAUAGCACCAUUCUUGCUUGUCAACUUUUGCUCAGCAACAGCAACAUGGCCUGCAGUGUGCAUGUACAAUUAAGUCAGUUGGAGACCCCGUUUUUGGCUUAUUGGAAAGAGUAUGGCGGCAUGUUGUAUGGCUUGUCAGGUUGUAUAGUCCUGGUCCUGAAUACAUAUCCAUCUAUCAAUCUUUGAAGGCCAAAUCUUAGACAUAUGCAACUCUUUAUACAUAACCAGGUGAACUUGUUUUUGACUCUGUGACCAAACAUACUGAAUGCCUUAAUAAAUAUAUUCCUUAUGAUAACCUCAAGAUGAACAGCAGUAUACAACAGUGGUGCUUUGCUUCAUAACCAUCGCCUCAGAGCAGAGUAGUGAGUGCCAGGACAUUGACUUUUUGCCCCCCCACGCAUAGUUCAGUGCAGUCCUGCACAGGUCAGUUUAUUUUGGAGCCGCACCCGCCCCCCGUCCACAUCAUUUCCGAGCCUCACCCGAUAUCCGACAUCGGGACAGAUUUUCCUCUGCAUAGAGUUGUUUCCGAGAGACGAUCCAUGACACUCCAAAUCAAUUUGUUUGACUGUUUUUAUGACUCCAGAGUAGUAAGGGAGAGGGGGAUACCUAGGAAGUUGUACAAAAAUGCAUUCAACUGAGGUGUGUCUUCCACAUUUACCCUCAGGCUAUUCCCAUUCCCUGCAGGAAUUCAUUUGUCUGUUCAAUGUUUGGAUAAAAUGAAACCAUGCCAUGAAUUAAGGCCUAUGUUCUUAUUUUCACAAUGCAAUGCGGCACAUUGACAACUCACAUCGCUUUGAAUAGGAUCCUAUUUAAUUAGCCUUCUUCUUACUUGACGAAAGCCUAUAGCCGACAUAACAAAACAAUACCUUUACAUUCAAACGUAAGUAAACAUUUCCCAUAACUGAAUAUGCUGUAGGCUGCAAAAAUAGCCUACAUUCAUUCAGUAGGCUAUUGGCUACUCAAACGUUUACCAGCCUCACAGGACUAAACUGUAUAUGGCCUGCGUAUGGUCUAAAUAAAUGAAAGCCUGAAUUAUUGUAAUAAUGAACUUAUAUUAACUGAAUUAACAUAAACAAAUACCUGUCCUUGUCCACAAUGACUCCAAAAUCCUUCCAGACUGGGGAUUUCAGUCACGGGCAGCACCUGUUUCCACGAUGGUGUAUUCCACCAUCACAACUGUUGAUAGGAAAUGUGUUCAUUCCACCCGCCAGCUGAUUUUUUUUUUUGCGAGUCAACUGUGGGGAGCCGUUGGUAGUUCAGGGUUGAUUUUAAUGUCACUUAACUAUAUUUGAGGGAUAAACAAUGUGUUCCAGGUAGUCUAGAUGGUGGGGAUCAGGCUUCCAUGGUCAAGUGAGAAAACAGGGUUGAACAGAGCAGCACACGGACACAUGGUUAUUUCCUUAUGGUUAAUAUCUUUGCUUAUCAUUCAUUGCAAAAUGACAAAUGCUGUCCACUCUGACCAACACAUUUAAAGAUGUCAUCAGUACAUACUAAAUUUCAGCUUCUGUGGUACUAGUUCCUCAUUUACUUGCAAGCAGCAUACAUUUGAAUUCAUUUGACUGAACUGACAUACAGCCGUAGAUUUGAAAUCCAACUAUCCGUUUGAAGAUAGAAGGCCACGCCAGCACUACCAACAUAUAAAAUCAGGUAUUACUAAGAAAGUUAUUUUGGGGGGGGAAUAACGCAUAAGCAACUACUAUUUGCUUGUAGCUCAGAUAUUGCUUGGCUUUUAUUUUGAAUAUGGUGAGGUAUGGUCUAAUCUAUUCCACGACAUGAUUCGGUAUAGUUUUGCUCAAUGCUUUAUUUCCAAUAUCGAUUUCAGUUAUUUUAUCUACAAUAGUUGCAUGGCGCAAAAACCUAAUAUGCUGAUCCAAAUACUUUACUGUUAUCUUGCAUGUUGACAGUCUAGUUUGGGGUCAGAGCAUAAAAGUGCUACAAAAAUAAUGUACACGUGGAUCUUUUACUCAAUUUGGUAGCCGUAUAACAUCGCAGAUCAUUUAGGUGCUUUCGAAUAUAGCCUUUUCCCAAAGCUACGGUCUCAUUCCUUGUAGAAAACAUGUAUUUGGGCCUAUUACCAAGACCCCGGGGUGAGUUGAACAUAAUUAUUUGCACCCCACAAAUCCUUCUCGUCAGACACAGUUUUAACUCUGCUAUUAAUAACAGUCUUUCAUCUACUGUAGCAACCAAUGGUGCUCUCCCCUCUUUUUGACUGGUACUAUUGCUUUGCUCGCCUUUGGUUUUAGGUUAUGACCGUUCAGACACACAGCAUAAAACAGAAGAAUCAUAUCUUUUCGCAUAGCAAUGAUCAAGGACCAUUCCCCACUUCGGAGACAUGGAACAUAGAAAGAUCGGUUGAUCAAAACAAGAUAGAAGUCAAAGACGAUGUACAUCUUUGUAUAAUGAGGUCAUUUUAGAGUAUAGUGGGUUACGGCAGUGCUCUCAAAAGAUACAACUGGCCAUACUGGCUGAUGCUGAAACAAUGUAGGAGAAUCAGUCUGUGUUUUGGGACUCUUCACACUGAUGAUGUAUAAUCCCUUUAUCAUAAGUCACCUGUGUAUAAAGUGUCAUUUAAUGUCAGAUUGCUUUCUUUGUACAACGGUUAUCACAACUGAAAGAAAUGGUGCACACUUGUCACAAGGUCAUUAUUAAGCACAGUGCAACUAAACCACCGCGAUGAAGUUAAAACAUGGUACAUUCCCUUUUUACUUCAGUUUUUUGGUAUGUUUUUCCAUCAAACUGUAAAACGACUCCAUCUGAUGACUUGAAGCGAAUUGCUUUUGCUGCCUUGUGUGGUCACAUUUUUACAAAUUGAAAGGAAUCCUUGAAUAACCAUAUGUGUGAAAAGAUGCCCCUUUGGCCAAUCCAUUUCACAAUGACACCAUGGCAGCGUUUACACAGGCAGCGCAAUUCUAAUCUUUUUGCCUAAUUAGUGUAGAAAGAGUGGAUCGGAUUGGUCAAAAGACCAAUAAGAGGAAAAAGAUCCGAGUUGGGCUGCCUGUGUUAACUCAGCCUACUAGACCCAUAUGAACCUUCUGUCAUCUAAAUGAUUAGCCUCAUUAACAACUCUGCAUUGUUUUACCAUUUCGAAGAGUAUAUUAUACUCCGUAUCUAUGUAUGCAAGCAAACAAAUGCCAUUCUGCUCGUUCUUCAUCUCAUUCACUGGUCGUUGUGGCUGUCGUGCUGUGUGUUUUGCUAACUAUCUUUUAUAUCAGGACUAUGCAGCAACUUCUACUGGUGUUGGCAAUUAGAGAAAAGAAAAUGGUCAAAAUUGUUCUGAAAGCUAACAAACCCAGUCUUGCCCCAGUCUUGCAGUAAGUUGGACCAAAUGACGAUUAUGAGAUAGUUUUCCAGGCAGGGUUUGACUAUGCCUUAAUGUGAAUUUUGAUGCAAGUGUUGCAUUGAGACAGAGUGAGUAUGUAACCUUUGACAAUGGAAGGGAUGCUUUGUGUCAAACCUUGGUCCCACAAGACACCACCUGACCUUGAAUUGGUGGGGAAAACUUGGGCUUUAGCUCAGUGGGCUAACAUACCCUUGUGGCACACAGGAAACCUGGGUUUGAACUCAGGUUGGUCACAUGAGGGAUAUAAUGUGUAGGUUAUAGAGUUUGUUGUCCAAAGGUUUAGGCCUGUAUUGCAGUUGGGCACAAUUGAAAUGAUUAUCUAAGAUCAUAGUUCAACAUAAAAACUUGAUUUAAAAAGAAAAUCCAAGAUAAAUCAACGUUUUUUUAUAUCAGGGUCUUCAAAAAAUCUUAAACAAAUCUGAAGAUCUUGGAAAUGAAGUAUUUCCACUCGAUGAAGGCCAAUACAGGUUGCUGAAUAGUCAUAAUUAUUUUACAAAGCUUGUUACUGACUCACAAUAAAAAAUAUAAAAACUGUAAUAAUGGUAUCUAAUGUCACUGACGGGCAAAUGUGAUGGAUUUUUAAAUGUUGUAAAUGCAUGCCAAAUGAGUGUGUGAACAAAAUAUGUAAUAGCAUCAACGUAUUGAUAGGGGUUCAUUCUACAUAGAAAAUGCUUUUUCUUUUUAAUAUGCUGAUAUUUGAUAUUUCUUUUUCUAAGGAAUCCUUUGUAAAAUUUCAUUUAUCUAUUUUGUACAGGAUUUCAUAAUUGUAAACAUUUGUACAUAGUUCUGCAUACUGUAUGCGACAACAAUCAUUAAGGAAAACAAAUAACUCCAUAAAGGCCUAUUACAAGACUAAUAACUUAUCACUCCAGAGUUGAGCGCAAUUCAUGGAGAGGUAGGCAUGCUUCUGAAAUGACAUUUUCAUCCACCUAUCGCUGUUCGUUCCAGUCAAUAAAAUCAUGUCAUAUA